AUGACCGUGGGCAGGACAGUAGCCUGGCUAUAUGCCUUGGGCCUCGUGGCGUCUUCCGCCGCUGGUCCCCUAAGAUCCCCUCUAUCAGCACCCAAAAUUGUCCGUCGCGCAACGUCGUCGGCAGAUCCCUCUUGCCCCGAUGGCUUCUUUUGCCAGCAGUCGGACUGCCCGAGCGAUGUGGUCUGUCCGUCCGGGGAGACGUGCAUCAAUUUCGAGGGCAACUACGCCUGCGCGCCGCCCGGGUUGCAAUGGUGUGCUUUGAAUCCUACGACGCUACAAGGUGUUGGCUGUGAUAGUGGUCUAUGCUGCCAUGGCAACUGUUACACGUCUGACGCAGUCUGCUGCGACUUUCCCAGCAUUCAGUGCAGUAUUGGAACCGCGUGCAACGUUUGCAGCCCAGGUCAGACUUGUGGUAGCAAUCAAUGUGUCGGCGGUGCUGAGUCGACUACUACGACCACUACAAAAACGACGUCUUCGAGUACGACGACCUCUCUGCCGCCGGUCGUGCCUUCCUCGACCACUACGACGAGUACUGCCACGAAAAGCACCACAAGCACCACGACUACAACUAGCAAGUCUACCACGACUACUACUUCCACCUCUACCACUUCCAAGACGACCACUACCACUUCCUCAACCUCUUCCACUUCGACGACAUCGAGGUCCACCACGACCACGACCACCUCAUCUGCCUCUUCAACCCCGACCCAACCAACCCAAGUGGACUCUUUCUCCUUCCUAGGCUGCUACUCCGACCAAGAGAGCCCCCGCGUUCUGGUAGCCGACUCGAAAGAGGACGCCACGGGUAUGACGGUCGAGGCCUGCGUAUCCCUCGCCAAAGCCGGUGCAUGGCGAUACGCGGGUGUCGAAUAUAGCAGACAAUGUUUCGUCGGAAACACCAUCCACGACGGAACAGCCUACUCGGACAGCGACUGCAACAUGCUCUGUUCCGGCAACGCGGGCGAGACCUGCGGCGGGGGAAACCGCGUGCAGAUCUACGCUGAUCGAACCUGGGAGGAUCCCACCUACGCGGAGCUGGCAGACGCCAUUCACCAGUACAACGCGAGUGUCUGGCAGGCGCUGCAAGUGCUCGAAUCAUACCAGAACCAUCUGGAGACGCUGCAGGGUCUGUUGCAGUCUUCUUCGGCCAAGGUGAAGCGUGCGGAUCAGAGUGAGUAUGAGCAGAUUGAGCUGCAGAUGAUGGGAGAUCAGAGUGAUGCAAAUGAGGCGUCGAGUAGUCUGUCGGCGGCAAAGUCAAACGGUGACAGGUUGCUGACGUUGGGACGGCGCCUGGAUACCAUUGAUGAAGACGAUCCGCGCGUGUCGGAAGAUGCGUUUGAGGAGUGGGAUAAUGCAGUGGAUGCCCUCCAGAGCCAAAUGAUCGAGGUGAUCCGUGAUAUCAAUGCCAAUCUCGUCGAGCUCUCUGAUGCCAUUGCUGCUGGCCUUGCCCCGGCCAUCGACGCCGCAGCGAGUAUUUCUCAACUUAGGAUAACGAUCAAUGCUAUCGGACUCCCUGUCUCUGCGGCUGCAUCGGCAACUGGAAUCUUCCUCGUCUUGGCAACUCUGGCCGCGUUGUUCGAAAGUAACGGAUCGCCACCCGUCGCGACACCGACCAUCAUGCCCACCACCACCACCAUGAUGACCACGGCGACUUCCACCACAUCCUCUUCCACCUCCUCCACCUCCUGUGCCGCUACAGCUACCACGAGUCCGGUCAUUAUCAUGACGGUGGAAGGAACAACUGUUCAGGAGUUCCAAGACUUCGUCGCAACCCUGCCAAAAGAUCCCGAGGCUCUUCAAUUUACCGAGUCGUGGCAGCCGAACUUCGUCUACAUGGGAAUCGUCGAUCAAUGCACCGCCGAAAUGUUCAAUAGCAAUCCCAUCGUUGACGCGUGGAGUGUCGAUGGAGAAAUUGACCUGGAUAGCAACGACGAUACCCUGGAUGACGCGGUAUCAGCGAAGAAGAGGUCGUAUAGCGCUACCCCAGCGGGAUCCUGGCAUCCUGGCUCUACGAACAAUCCCCUUGACGAGCCGUGGUUGAAGAACGACAACCUGAACGCCACAGAAAGGCAGCCGCACCUUCAGGCACGCAUCGAGCCGACGGCCAACAGUCGCUUCUAUCUCCAACAGCAGAGCCCCGGCCAUCUCCAAUGGCUUUCUCAGGUAUCACGGUACAGCAACCUGUAUGGGAACUAUCUGAGCUUCGACGACUUGCUUUACAAUGAUCCCUCGAAUGCGAACGCCAACGGCGCGCCCAUUGUCUAUGUCAUUGACUCCGCCUUCCUGGCUGGGCAUGAGUCCUUUGCCGACCGGCUAUAUGACAGCUUCGGCGUGGACGACGUAGGUACUCGGAAGACGGGGCUAACGAUCGUACCCCGGAAUGGCCACGGAACAUGUAUGGCCUCCCUCGCGACAGGGGCGUAUCACUCGAUGGGCAAAACUGCCCGGCUCGUCGCUGUCGAGCUGGUUAUAUCCAAAUCUGGGGUGAUACUGGAAAUGCGCGCCCGCCGGGCGGCCUUUGUCUUCCAUGAGAUUUACCGGCAUAUUGUGAACAAUGGCGCCCAGGGCAACGCCGUCAUCUCCAUGUCUUUCGGCGGUCCUCGGCAGGCAUUCCUCUGGGGCGGAAGUCUCAAUCCGCUUGACGAGCCGUAUCGGGACGUCUUCGACAAAUAUCUGCAGUGGUUCUAUGACCUCGGUGUUGCGGUGAUCUGCAGCGCGGGGAACGAUGCAACCCAGCAACGUGAGCCUGCGCAAUUGGAUCUCAACUACCUGUACCCCCGGGGCAAGGGCGGCGCCGACACGCCCCUGAUCGUCGUCGGAAACGCUCUGUUCGAUAACAGUCGCAACCCGACCUCGCAGUCCCGCGACGAAGAGCAGCGCGGCAUUCUCACCCUUUACAAUAUCGGCACCAACGUCGACUGCGCGACUGUGGGAUACAACGACCAAGGGGUGGACACCUCGCAGCUGAAUGUCUACGCGGUCGAGCCGGCGGGCACCUCCCAGGCGACCGCCAUCACGGCCGGCAUGGUCGCCUACUAUCUGUCCCAGCCGGACCUGCGGACGCAGUUCAUGGCCAACGGGCUGGGAAGCAUGUCCCAAGCAAUCAAGACGUACCUCCUGAACACAGCCAACCAGUAUAAGCUGGAUGCCGGGCUAACGGACGGAAUUCCCCGGGCGGCGCUGGGCGAUGUGGUGCCGUGCACAGGGGGCACUGCGGGCAGACCGGUCAUCAACCCUAACCCAUUCGUGCCGGCCGCCACGGAUGGGCGGCAGUUGGUGCGGACGCAGGUGACGGAUGGGACCACCGUGGUGAUUCAAAACGUGCCUCAAUGCUGGGAUUUGAAUUAGAGGAGACAUGGUAUUUUUGACCAGAGUGAUGGAUCUAGAUC